GUCCGCCGGCAGACCCAUAAAGGGGGAUGCCGUCCAGUGUAAACAAACAAUGGCUGAGUGUGAGGCUGCUGGCCACAUGGCCGCCAGGAAUGUUGAAAUUAUUGUCGGUACAUAUGAGGAAUUCAUCAUUGGGUAUCAAUUAACCGUCCAGAAGGAUGGGAAAGUGUCCCUUACUCAGUCUUUUACUGACCACUCACACACAGGGAGUGUGAGGAAGAUUGCUAUCAGUGGGAAGUUCCUCAUCUCAGGUGGUUCAGAUGAGAUUCUGAGAAUUUUUAAUCUUAGUUCACGUUUUGAAGUUGGUACAAUCAUGGAACAUAAAGGAACAAUCACAGACUUGGUAUUCCAUGUCACAGUACUUAUCUCUACAGCUGAGGAUGGAAAAUAUUGUAUUUUUAGUAGAGGAAAAUGGGAGUGUGAAAAGACUUUGAAGGCUCAUGUUGGAGGAGUGACGAGCUUUGCAGUUCAUCCCACAGGAAAACUAGCUUUGUCAGUUGGCAAAGACAAGAGCCUUCGCACAUGGAAUCUUAUCAAGGGAAGGAGAGCUUUUAUCACAAACCUCAAAACAGUUGCUGACAGUGUCCACUGGUCUCCACCUGGCACACACUACCUUGUAGUGAAGGGAAGUUGUGUUGAUGUGUAUGAAGUGUCCUUGGGACAAGUGGUCCAUUCUGUGGACUUCAAGGAAAAAGUCACAUCAUUAAUAUUUAUCAUGGAUGAUAUCAUAGCUGUUGGUGGUGAUGGCAAAAAUAUUUGUCUGUAUGACAUCACAACGAAGCUGGAACUAGUGCAGUGGGAUGCGCACACCAUGCGCAUCAAGAGUCUACGAGUCAUCCCCAGAGUAGCUACAGAGGAUUUGUGGCUUGUAUCUGCUUCCUCUGAUGGAACCAUAAAAGUGUGGAACAUUGAGCUGUUAUCACUUUCCUCUGCACCAAAACUAUUGGGAGAAGUGAAUACCUCUUGUCGUAUCAUCUGUAUGGACAUCUACCUCCCUCAGCAAAAGAUGCCAGUGUCUAAUGUAGAAAAGGCAGUUGGUUAUGAGCUUGAGAAUAAGACACAAGCAAAUGGCUCUUCUGAAGAAUCAGUAAAACAAAAAAAGAAGAAAAAGCUUAAGAAACCCUUGAAUCAGGAAACUAACGAAGGACUACCUAUUAAAAAGAAAAAGCUAAAGAAACCCUUGAAUCAGGAAACUAACGAAGGACUACCUAUUAAAAAGAAAAAGCUAAAGAAACCCUUGAAUCAGGAAACUAAUGGACUACCUAUUAAAAAGAAAAAGCUAAAGGAACCCUUGAAUCAGGAAACUAAUGAAGAAUCACCUGUGAAAAAGAAAAAGCUAAAGAAACCCUUGAAUCAGGAAACUAAUGAAGAAUCACCUGUGAAAAAGAAAAAGCUAAAGAAACCCUUCCCCUCAAGGAAGGUUCCUUGAUGUUGGUGAGGGGCUCUUGAUUUAGGGAAUUGGAUCUGUGCUCCAGUUCCCCAAAUUAAGCCUGAAUGCCUUCCACAUCCCCCCCAGGCGCUGUAUAAUCCUCCGGGUUUAGCGCUUCCCCCUUGAUUGUAAUAAUAAUAAUAAUAAAGAAACCCUUGAAUCAGGAAACUAAUGAAGAAUCACCUGUGAAAAAGAAAAAGCUAAAGAAACCCUUGAAUCAGGAAACUAAUGAAGAAUCACCUGUGAAAAAGAAAAAGCUAAAGAAACCCUUGAAUCAGGAAACUAAUGAAGAAUCACC